ACUGUUUGUUUGCUCGGUAUUUCGUGUCCGGUCAAAGAUCAAGAAAAACAUUACGAUGGGUCUGCGCAGAGGGUACGAAGUCCUCUCAAAGUGUAAGGUUCAGGGCACCGACAAAAUGGCUGCUUUAGAGGAGUACGUUCGUCUGGAGGACCCCAACAUGCUGAUAGCGGCGCUGGGGAUCAUCCUCAAGCCUGGGAUAUGGACGGUAAUGUGCAGGUCGGAGUAUCGCACCCGCUGGAUGACCAACUUGUUCCGUUCCAAAUAUACCGCCUGUAGUGUGAUGGCCGUGACCAUUCUCCUGAUGGGGAUGGUGAGGGACUCCCUGUACAUGACAGCCCUGCAAGGCCAGCCAUCCCUCUCUGCCAUACAGCUACCGGUAGUAGGAUAUGCUAUUGCCGGCAUUGGAUCACUGUUUGUGCUUAGCUCCUUCUGGCGGCUCGGCUGGUACUGCACCUUCAUGGGGGACUACUUCGGCAUCCAUCUUGACGAGCGGAUCGGCAGCUUCCCGUUCAGCGUGCUGGACAACCCCAUGUACUGGGGAACCACCCUCAACUUUGUCGGCGUGGCCUUCAUGAUGGGGAGUCCUGCCGGCUUGCUCCUGUGUGGUCUGAUUGUGCUGUGUUAUAAAAUCCUACUCACAUAUGAGGAGCCCUUCACUGCAGAUAUAUACAGCAAGCGUGGUUUGGAGCAGAAAAAAGUUUGACGAAGAAAAAGACGAAGAACCAAGAAAGAAUUGAAACUAAUAAUGAAAUCCGAAUGAAAGCUCAUCUGUGUUGGUAAAUACCAUAGUAAAAAGUUUAAUCUUUAAUCCAACACCAAAAAAACUCACCAUGAAUUUUCGGCCGAAGACUCCGACAAUAAGGCACAUGAUAUGCUUUUUUUAAGGUUAGAUAAAUGAAAAUAUCACAAUGAAUAAACAGCCUGCAUAAAAGUCUAGAUCAGCAAUGUAAACUAUUAUACAUGUAAUCUUUACGAAUAGCCGAAGACUCUCACAAAAACAAAUUAUGAAUUGUUAAAUUCUACUACAUAUUAAUCAAUUAUCAUCAUAAAGUAAAGUAAAGUAUUACAGUAUCAGUAAUUUCCAACGUAUGUACACUUCAAAUAUACAAGUGUUGGAUAUCAUUGAGAAGGCCUUGAUAAAGUCAUAUUUUUCUAAUGUGGCAUUUGUAGGCAGUAUUAAUAUCGAGUUGAAAAUAGAAAAUUAUGAUAAACAACAAAAUAUGUAACAAUGUGAUCUUAUGAAAAGUUUUGUUUACACAAACAACAUCAACAAAAGACAUUGUGAUAUGUUCGUCCAAGGUGAAAAGAAUUGUGUUCCUGCAUACUUCUGAUUUCUUUUUUUCAGUUCUUAGUACUGUCUUGCCAAUAAAGGAAUCCUCGCAAGUC